GCGCGCGGCGCCGGCUGUACAGUCGCUUCCUGGUGGUGGGCCCAGUGCGGCCAUGGAGGGCGAGCCGCCUCCUGUGGAGGAGCGGCGGCGGCUGCAGCAGGAGCUCAGUGAGUUCGUGGAGAGCUGCUGCCGGAAGCUGGAGGAGGUGACGGCGUCCCUGGGCUGGAGCCUGGAUCACCUGGACCCCGGGGAGGCGGGGGCGGCAGAGGAUGAAGUUGUGAUAUGCCCCUAUGAUUCCAAUCAUCACAUGCCUAAAUCAUCUUUAGCAAAGCACAUGGUAUCUUGUAGAUUGAGGAAACUGGGCUAUACCAAAGAAGAAGAGGAUAAAAUGUAUAAUUCUGAUUUUUUCUAUGAGAAUGUGAAGAUACCUUCAAUUACUUUGAAUAAGGACUCACAAUUCCAGAUAAUUAAACAAGCUAGAACUGCAGUUGGAAAAGAUGGUGAUUGUUGUAAUCAAAGGGUUUAUUCUUCAUUACCUGUUGAAGUUCCUCUGAAUCACAAACGGUUUGUUUGUGAUCUAACACAAGCUGAUCGUCUUGCCCUCUAUGAUUUUGUAAUGGAGGAGACCAAGAAACAGCGCUCGAAUUCUCAGAUUAUUGAAAAUGACAGUGAUCUCUUUGUAGAUUUGGCCGCCAAAGUCAAUCAAGAUAAUAGUCGAAAAAGUCCAAAGUCUUACCUUGAAAUCCUGGCAGAAGUGAGAGAUUAUAAAAGAAGACGCCAGUCCUAUAGAGCUAAGAAUGUUCACAUAACCAAGAAAUCAUAUACUGAGGUGAUUCGGGACGUCAUAAAUGUGCACAUGGAAGAACUCAGCAGUCAUUGGCAGGAAGAGCAGGAGAAAGCAGAGGACGAGGCUGAAAAGAAUGAAGAAAGGCGAUCAGCUUCAGUAGAUUCACGGCAGUCUGGUGGAAGCUAUUUGGAUGCUGAGUGUUCACGACAUAGAAGGGAUCGAAGUAGGAGUCCACAUAAAAGAAAAAGAAAUAAAGAUAAGGAUAAAAACUGGGACUCAAGAAGAAGGAAAGAAAGGGAUGGGGAAAGACAUCAUAGUCAUAAAAGAAGAAAGCAAAAAAUAUAAAUGAGACUCCUUCACUGGAUUAUGAGUUCCUUGAGAGCAGAUUUUAUAUUUUUAUCAAUAUAACCACCACAGUAGUUGUCAAUUUAUUAUUUUAAAUUUUGACAAAAGCAUUUGCAAGCCCUUGUCAUUUAAUAUCUAAUUUUUGAUUCAUAAAAUACUGGCAUUAAUAAUUACUAUAACUGUUACCCAUCUUACCUGUUUAUUUAAUCCUAUCUCUGAUGGUACCUUCUUGCCUACAUUUAUGAUCUACUGGCUGUAAAUAAUUUUCUCUCCUGAAGUCGUUUAAAAGCACUAAGUAUAGCCAAUGUUUAUUGAACACUUA